UCUCCGCGGCGUAGCCUACUUCCUGGCAAGCUGAUUUUGUUCUCCCCAAACACACUCAACGCAAUCGACUGCGAUUCGCCAGAGCUAGACAGACGUUCAUGGCCGACAUGAUCAGACAUAAGUAUGAAGUGCUUACAAGUUGAGUCUGUCUGGUAUGACGUAAAAAUCAUGAAAUAUUUUGAAAUGAGAAUUGUCUGCAGCAAUACAAUGGGGAGCUAUGUGAUAUUUAAUUUUACGUAAGCAAUACUCAUCUAGCUAAGACUGAUAAAGCUACGCUAUAACGUUAAUUUCCUGACAGUAGUGCACAGCGAAAUGGAUGUUAUUUAUAUAAGCUCUGGCACUGAGGACGACUCCGACAUAGAGAUUGUGAGCGUUUACAAUGACACCGAAGACGAUUCAAAAGACGUUCUCAGGGAAUGGUCAAGCAUUCCACCGCCUUAUAUUGACCUCACCGAUUCAGUCUGGGAGCCAUUGGAGAGGCGGUACCAAAGAAGGGAAAAGAACUCGGUGGACUGGAGUUACAACAGCCUAUCAGCGGACUUCGGUGAUAAUAACGGCCUAUCAGCGGACUUCGGUGAUGAUAGCAGCCUAUCAGGCGGCGAGGUGAAACCACUCAGCUCGGCACUGGAACUUGCGACCUCGGAGCGAGCGCAGAAGAAGCUACUUUGUCACUCUCCGACCGAGUCCGGCGAAAAUCGGGACGGGACUCCGGACUUUCUCGCCGAACUCGUCUCGGAAAAGUGGGAAUGUUCUCCUCGCCGCCCUGCGCUGGAGCCGAAGGAAGAACAGAAGCCUCUGGCCUGUCUGGGCGGUGAGCCUAGGAGUUCCCCCCGGAGGUCGCACUGCCGCUCUCCUUCCGAGGGUCUGUGGGAGAAAGAGGGAAUUCCAGGAUCUCCACUCCCUAGUGUUCCCGAAUUUUCCCGCAGUCCGCAGUCGGAGUCCAAAAUUCAGCCGGGACCCGUGACCUUCGCCGCCGGCGUUCCAGACGAAAUUCCGGUGCGGCCGGGAUUCGAGACGACCGACGCGCUACGAGACACGGCGGCGGACUCGAAGCCUCCGUCCGCGGAAAGACGUUCGGGCGAGUCGGACGCGGAGAACGUCCCGGACUACAUCGACGCCCUCUCUCCCUGGAGUCCGUAUUACUGCCCCAGCGAGGUCGACUCCAGGCUGUACUCUGAUAGCUCCAGCAUGCCCGUGUCACAAGAUGGCGUGGACCUGCACGACCGACCCUCGUCCCCACCCACCCCCCCUCAGUUCCUAUUCGGGCCCUGCAAAACCUCACCCCCUGACAAACUGCCUAAAGCAGAGGUCUUGAGUGACAGGAGGCUUAAUAGCCCACCCCCCUCACCCUCUCCGGGACCCCCCCGGCUCUCCCCCGCUCGUCCGCCCAGGGAUAGGUCCGUGUCCCCCACCUCCACUGAGAUACUCGCCAGCGACUCGCCUGAUUGGCUGGGGGAUGAUGCGGAGCUGACGCUGACCAGUGACAGCGCUGCCAGCCCCUGGUCGGACCCGGGAUCGAAGAGCGCGGCGGACAGCGAGGGGGAGGAGCUACCGGGGACAGAGGCGGAGCUCGGCUCCAGGGAGGCCAGUCGUGAGGACAGACAGUACGUGUCACGGACCCAGUUAAACCGACUAAAGCGUCUAAUGGGGAGGCCUCUACAAGAGCUGGGCAGAGACGACGGGCCGGAGCCCGUGGGCGACGCUGACAAAGACGAAGAGGAGGAAGAAGAGGAGGAGGAGGAGGAGGAGGAGGAGAUGUGCCAGCUGGGCCUGAGCCUGGUGCGCAUCGCCAUGGAGGAGCGUUGCCAUGACAGCAUGCUGCAGCUCCUCUCCGACUUCCUGCAGCCCCGCCUGUACCCCCCGCCCGACGUCACGUCCCACCUGCUCCGGGGCAUUCUGCUGGACCCCGAGAGCCCCCCAGUCCUCGUCCUGCAGGCCUACAGCCUGCUCAUGAGGGUACAGAGAAACCACCCUGCCACAUUGUCCACAGUGCCGUGGGACUGGGAUCUGCUGGUCUCUGCCAUGAAUGAGAGGGGCUCGAAGUGCAGGCAGGCGCUCUCUCUCCUCCUGCAGUACGUCGUGCAGACGCUCCAGGACGACUUCCACCUGAGGCUGCGGCGACCGCUGGGCUCCAUCGCCAAGGCAACGCUCUCCUGCAACACGAACAUGCCGCACGUCAGAGACGUGAUCGAUUGGUUGGUUGCCGCGGUGGAGAGUUCGACGGCAGUCCCCGGGGAACAGGGGAGUGACACGGAGACUGAGAAACGGAAGGCGAGGGACGACGGUCUGAAGAUGCUGCUGAUGCUGCAGAAGAUGCUGGCUCUGGCUGUGGAGGUGGACUGCUCCCCCACCACCAGCUCCAACAAGAUCAGCGAGACCCUCCUGCACAUCCUCAUGAGCUCCGGCCUGCGCCGCCCCCACAGGCAGUUGCUCCUGCGGACCUUGGACAGCAGGCUGCUGCAGUGUAAGCUGGUGGAGCUGCUGCUUCAGCGGGUCUGCACAGAGCCGACAGAGCUGCCCAUGUCUCUGAGUCUCAUUCUGCACUUUCUGCGCAGUGCCACACUGCCAGCUGAGCCCACGGACGGGGAGGAGGGCUGGAGGAGGUGGAGGGAGCUUCUGCAGCUGCUCUGGAUGCUGGUGGUCAGCUAUCAGGAGGUCACAGAUGGUCACCUCCGCCGGCCCAUCACCCAGCGCGCCGGCUGCAGCCACCCCCCGAUCCGGACGAAGCACGAUGACAUCAGACGAGCGGAGCUGCAGGAAGCCUCGGAGCACUUCCUGUCCCGGGCGUCAGCUGACCUCGGCCCCGCCCCCCCGCCGCAGGUCCAGGAGCUGCUCUCUCACCUGCGGGAGCACCUGCUCGGCUUCUGUACACACUAAACUUUGCA